CUCUGGCUUUCUAGAACUAGAAUUGAAGGUGUUUGGUGAGGUUCCUGAGGAAUAUGGGUGUGUCUUUUAAGGUUGCAAAGGCCGGUACGAGGUAUGGGCCAAAGAUGGGGCAGAUUGAAGACAAAGACCAUGGAAAUGGGUCCCUUUCUGAUGAUGAUACCCAGCAGGGAUGUAAAGAGGGCAAUGUCACUGCAAUGGGAGAAAAAGAUGUUGGUCAGACAGAUUAUUUGGCCAAACCUGAACUGCAUUCAGAGGAUUUUCAGGUGUCCUUCUCAGUUAAUUUAUUCACAGAUGGCUUUUCUGUUGGGAAAGAUACUGAGAUUUUCAAUGAUGUACCAAAGAAGUUACAUCCUUAUGAUAGAGCAUCGGAGACACUUUUCACUGCAAUCGAGUACGGGUGGUUGCCUGGAGAUGUUUUUGAAAAUAUGCCCUGCAAGUAUGUAAAUGGAGCUCUUCUAUGUGAGAUACGAGAUUAUCGUAAUUGUUCAUCUCAGAGGCCAAGUACGGUUAAGUCUCCAGUUAUUCAUAGAGUGCUCCUGCAGAUGUGCAUGGAGACUGUUGUUAAGGACAUGUUAUCAUUAUCAGAUGAUUCCUGGAGCUAUGAAGAUCUGCUGGUAGUUGAGUCCCGCAUUCUGAAGGCUUUGCAGCCAGAACUUAAUCUGAACCCAAAUCUGUUGCUUGAGAAAUAUCCUGGAAAACCCCUGAUGAAGAAGCUCAAUUUGGGAGUUUCCUCGGGUUGGAAGAAAAGAAGGCUGAGUGAUGGACCAAAACCAGCAACUACUGCUACUGGUGGUUACCAAAGCCAAAAUUCCAAUUGCGUGUCUGGUCUUGGGUAUCCUGCUAAACCAUUCCCAUGUUCACAGCAAGCUGUUUCAAUAUCUGUUCAAACUUUACCUGAGAAUAACAUUACAUGUUCACCAUCUGAUCCUUUGAUGGUAAGCUAUCCAUUAGCAAAUAGUUGCAGCAGAUCACCUAAGAAAUUGCCGACCUCAGCUGCUAUUGUCUCUGUACAAAAACAGUAUAUUAGUAACUGUGAAAAGGAUAUGAAAGAAACCAGUUUGUUAGUUCCUGCUGAGACAGACAGGUAUGAAACAGAAGCAACACAAAGACCUAUUAUGAAGAAACCAAAGCAGGAGCCAAUUGAUUUAUCUCAAGAUCAACGUCCUGGCAGUCAAGCUGAUGGCAUUGACUCUGGAUACUUCUACCAACAUCAGCUUCCAGGGAUUCCAGCUCCAAGCAGUCCUGCAUUCAAGCUACAGUGGAAGAAUAGCGUAUCAUACCAGAACACUGAUCCUGAAAAAAACCAAUAUGGAAUACUAUACAAAGAAGGCUACCCCUUGUCAUCCACAAAAGGUUAUCAGCAGGCAUCUGAAGGUAUUCCAAUACUGCAGGAUGCAAUCCCUGCUUCCAUGGUGAAACAGGAGCCUAAUAAGACAAAUACCUUUCUUAUGUCAGAUGUUCUCUGUCUAAAGGAAAAGCACUUCAUGAUGGAUAUUAGGAAUAAUCCAUGUAAUCUGCAAUCAUCCCCACUGUUAUCAGCCAAUACCCCCUCUAGCAUCUCACUUGGGACUGGCUUCAAGCAUCCUCUUGUCAGAAAUUUGAGAGAUGAAGCGGUAGAACAGAAAAGGAAAGCUUUGCAAAGAGAGGCAUCUGCACCUGCAAAGCAAAGGAAGAAUUCCCAUUCUAAAGGCUUGAGUGUGGGAACCUUGGAUGCACUAGCUGGCACUACCAAUCUCAGUGCAUCCAAUGCAAGGAACAUUUCAAGGGGUAGUGUUCAUUUACCUCCAAAUUCAGAAGGUCAUUGCUACCAACUCCUUCAGAGGUUUUUGAAGAUUGAGAGGGUGACUCAAAGGCAUCAACUGAAUAAUAGGAAGCGUAAAUUGGACCAGCUUUUACCAGGCAAACCAUAUUCCUGCAUGUUUCCUCUGGUUGCUUCAAAGCAUGAAGAUGACAGUGAGAAUGGAAAGCAGAAAGAUCUGAUGAUGGAGAGGACUCCGCUGCCUAAUUGCUUCAUAGAUAGGAGGCUAAAUGUCCCGAAGACAAGGAUAUUAAUAUACAUGUAUCCACCUCACAUCUGUCAUGGAGUUGAGACCCCCAAAAUUGAUGCUGAGCCCCAGAUUAAAAUGCUCAUGUCAGAGAAACUUAAUGAUAGAAUGGUGGAAGCAAGGUUGCUUUAUGGACAAGAAGAGACUGACUUGCCUCUCCUGCUCACCUUUCCUAACACACAUUUUGCUAACCUGUUCACCACUCAGUUUACUUCCCUGAUGGCACGUGAAGGAUAUCGCUUAGUUUCUGAUACAGUGGUACCUAUUCCUGUCAAUGCAAUUCAUUCCUCAAGCAGUCAAAAACCUACUGUUACCAUUAGCAGUGCCACUCAGACAGCCGGAAGAACACUUGAGCUACCUUCCUCGACUGUCACCUGUGGUUUAUCACCUACCUUGCCCACUGCCCUGACUGACACAAUGUCAGCAGGACAACCACUCCCUAAUGCUCUUGCUGGAGACCAUCUCCACACUGUAAACUCCCAGGAAACGCUACAGCUCCCAGGUGGCAUCUUAUCCAAACCAGUACUUGAUGUAGCUGCUCUGGUCAACCCUGCUCAACCACACUGGCAGGAGGUUCUGAGCAAACGUGCUCAUUUACAUUUUCAGAUGAUGCAAAGAGAGAAAUUGCAACAGCAAUUAAUGCAGAGAAAGUUAAUGGUGGAGAGUUUGGGUGCCAGUAUGGGUGGCAUGGGUACAAUACAGUUGGGUGGUGGAAGUGGGGGUCUUGGUCUAUUUGGUGACUUUUUAAGCAUGGAGGGUUCUACGCUCAUUAAAGGUGCUACACAAAUCCCGUGCAUUGGCAAUUUUGGCCUAUCUGACAAUAUUGGUGGCGUCAUACCUGAUCAGUCUGCUGCAGUUCCUAUAAGUCUGACAACAGCAGAGAGCGAAAGGAAAACCUUGAUGAAAGGAAUUCUAUUUCAGCAAGAAGCUGGUGUAGUGCCAAGGGCACCUACUUUUUCAGAUAUGGCACAUAUCUUGAACAAGAGGCAGCCACCACAACCACUUACAAAUCAGCAACAGAUACUAAAUCAGCAUCAAAUGAGAUUUCCUCUCCAGACCCAAGCUCCAGCCAGCUCAACCGAGUACGCAAGUUCCCAUCUAACUGAAGUUAGCUCACAACAAUUUGAACAGCAGCCUCUACUGAACCAUGGAUCGACAUUACAGCUGAUGAACAGAGGUAAUCUGAUGGCAGGCCCUCAAAGGCAGGGGUUAAUUUCACAAAUUCAUAGAUCUGUCAGCAUCAACAAAGCAAGCUCCUUGAGGAAUGUUGCUGAAUUUGCAAAAGAUGAGUACAGUCAGUAGAAAGGAUAGAGUUGGAACAUAAACAAUUCAAGUUCAUGUGCAUCAUAGGUGGUACAGUACUGGUUACAAAGGUGUUAUGGUAUGAAUACAGAGAUAGUUAGAGCAAUACAGCAGAUACUUUUUACAUGUUACUGAUUUUUGUGUUUCUACAACCGCUAUGGUUCACAGUAUGUAUAUCUUCCAAUAUGGUAGGUCACAGUUAUUUUGUAAACUGCAGGUUAGGUCAAAGGUUGUGUUUUAUCCUCUUCUACUCCCUGUUGUCUACAGCCAUUAGAUUAGUUCCAUUACUUGUUUGUUUUUAACUGAAUUGAAGGGACAGACUUAAGUGACACAUCAUUGAUAUCUAUUAUUAAAUAAGCAUGUUGUCU